GCUAUUGUUUCCUGUCAUUUGCCUCCUCCGCCAUGGCGAGAGCACUUGCCAUCACUGGACUUCUGCUGCUGAUGCUCGCCGGACUCUCACAAGGGGCGACUUCAUCGGCAAAGCCACCUGUUACGCCAACACUCGCAGCAACCACGUCAUCAGCAAGACAAGUAUCUACGUCGUCGACCACAGCAGCAGCAGCAGCAGCGGUAUCCACAGCUAAAGCUGUCACUGCAGUACCGCCACAAAGUGGCACACACACAACCACAGAGGGUGUAAAAGCAGCACAGUCUGUAGAGUCCACAUCCACUCCAGCGCCUGCUGUCAAUGCUACUGAACCCACUCAAUCCAAUGCCACUGGUGUACAAAUAACAACUACACCCAAACAAGACGUUAAUGGAACUGCACCCAGUCAUAAUGCCACCGGUGCAGCAACAACACCCAGUCAAGAUACCAAUGCAACUGAUCCACAUUCAACAGCACCUCCCAGCUCUACGACCCCCAGCAUGACCCCCAGCACACCUGGACCUCACAACUCCAGCUCAACUAUAACCACAACCACAGCUAUUCUGGGUGGUGUCGUGAAGGGCUUGUCCCAGAGUCCUGGGUUGAUUGCAGUGCUGGCCAUCUUUGUCAUCAUUCUGGCCUUGUUGUUGGUGGUCGGGAUAGCCAAAGCGGCCACCUCGGGCUCCGCUAAGUUUGAGAGACUGGAUGAAGUACCUAUGGGCCGCAUGAAUGAGGACUCUCCCUUUGCCCAGUACCCACCCAAAUGAAGUCAACUCAAUGCUUAAAUGACACAAAUGAAUGAAAAAUGACCUUGAAGUGCUGUGUAUUUGUUAUAUGUGUUUAUGAGCCAACCAAAAAAAAUAUUAAAGAAAAGACAAAUGUACAAAAAAUU